AAUAUAGUCAGGGAUACAAAUAAAAUCAUAAAAAAAAAAAAAAGAAAAAGAAAAAAAAACAAUGUGUUGUAUGUUUCAUAUAGUUUGCAUUUACAUUGCGUCUCUCUGCAGAAAAUAUGGAUUUGUAUGUUGCACUUGCUUUUCGGAUCCCGUCGACGAUGAUUCCAGUUUCGAAAGCACAUCUUAUUUACACCAGGAUCACGUCUAAAUAUAUCUAAAAAAAAGAAAAAAAAAAAAAGAAAAAAAAAAGAGAAAAAAAAGUUCGACUCUCAUUCGUUUCUUGAUGCAAUUCAUUUUUCUCUCUCUCUCUCUUUCUCUCUCUCUCUUUUCUUUUGUACAACAAUGUGUUAACCUCUCUUAUUUCUAAUUAAAAGUUUUUCCAAAGAUUUAUAUCUAUUUACGUGCUAUCUGACAAUGGAAUUAUUUAUAUUUGUUACUUACCCAUUAAACUUUAUUUCAGAUCAACAACAAACUUAUUAGAAUAAAAACGUAUCAACGUCCGGGAAGUGACCUCAGAGACCUUAUUCGUACGUUUCUACGUAUAUUCUUAAUUUUUUCCUUCAAGUAAAACGAUUUUACAAAAUGGUCGAAGGUGCAUACGCUAUGGAGCAAAUUUUCAUAGAUGAAGAAACAGGCGAAAGCUUGAUGCAAUCCUUUCGGGACAAUUUAGAGAUACAUGAUCCUGUUAGUUCAGUGAAUAAUGUUGAAACUGGUGAACCUGAAGUUAAUUUCGUAAGGACUGCAACUCAAAGAAAUAGAAAAGUACCUUUUCAGAUACCAAAACAAGUGAAAGAUAAUAUGAUGUUUAAGAAAUCUGGUUGUAAAUUAGAUAAUAUGGAAAUGGAACCUGUACCGAUUGGAUCAUCUUUCGGACAAGUAAAUCCCAUCUGUUUGUUUCUACCAGCUAUCAUAUAUUCACGUUGGUUUCUGGCAUUACUUAUGAUUUUUGAAGUUAUUCUACAUGUUUGGGCACAUCACAAAAAUAAGUCAUUAAAAAAUGCUGGUGUAUAUUUUCGUUCGCCAUUCCACGCUAUAUCUUCUGAAUUUUGUGCUCUUUGUCAGAAUGAGACAUGUAUGGAUCGUGUUGAAAAAUUGCAGCAAAAACGGAUGCACAAAUUCUUUCGGCAGUGUAAUUAUAUGAAGAGAAUAGUUACAUGAAAUAUCUUAAUGGAAAAUGUUAAUCUUGUAACAUAUUGUACUGUGUCAUAUAUUGAUCAAGUGUAACAUGUUUACAGUUUUACAUUAGGGCAAUUCUUUUUUUUUUUUGUAUAAAAUAAUCUAAAUUGUAUAAGAAUAUCUUAAAUUCAAGUUAUCAAAUUAUUAAUAACGACUUAGUGAAGAACUAAUCCGUUUGUAAUGUAGAAGAAAAUAUUCUAACAAAAAUCAAAAGUAAGACUAAGUAUGUUUUAUACAAGAUAAAAGGUGGAAGCUUAACGUUUUAUACAAUGAACAAAAAAUGAAUAAUAGAAUACAAUUAGAUAGUCAUUGUUCAUGUAUUUUUGUUCAUAUAGUACAAGUAUUUUAUUGUUACAAUGUAGGUUUAUAGAGGUUUUAUUUUUAUAUUUAAUAAAGUAUAUGUUAUCAAAGUAUAAUUUUAUCAAUAAAGAUAUAUAUUAAAAUUUA